CACCUGAAGUUGUGAAUUAUGAAUUAAUUUCGCCUGCAACAGAUAUGUGGAGCAUCGGAGUAAUAGCUUACUUAAUUUUGACUGGCAUGUCGCCAUUUUGGAACGAAAACCAUGAUAUUACAAUAUCGAACGUCAAUCAAGGAUUAUGGAAAAUGCCAGAAAUUUUUUUCAGAGACGUCAGUUAUGAAGCAAAGGAUUUUCUUUGCAAAUUAAUUUCAAAGAUCCCAGCAAAAGGAUGAAAAUUAAAGAAGCAUUUCAACAUCCGUGGAUUGAGGCAGCAAAAAACGACGAAAGAUCAAAAGAACUAAAAAUCUCCACGGAGAGAUUGAAAAAAUAUCACGCACAUCAAAAGGGACUCAUCAGCUCAAGUAUAAUUACUUCUGAACAAAUGAAAUUUGAAACACAUGUAAAGUAUCCUCAAGAAACAAGAAGUGAACAUGAAACAAAUAAAAUUAAAACGAUGCAGAACGAACAGAAAAAGGCGAGCGAAGUCAUCUUGAAGCUCAGCGGCGAAAAGGAUGAUUUAAAUACGCGUUUGAAAGAAAUUUCACAAAAAUGUAAAAGACUUGAGCAAGAACUAAGUUUGUUGAAAAUAGAAAACAAAGAAAAAGAUGAAAACUUAAAAAGACUGGAGAAAAGGAAUAAAAUAUUGGAAGAUCGAAAUAUUGCCAAUCAAGAAGCAACACAGCGAUUGGCUAGACUUGAGAGUGAAAAACAAUAUAUCGAAGAUAAGUAUCGACAAAAAGACAAAAAGCUCAAAGAGCUCAACAAAGAAUAUGAAAACGCUCGUGAGAAAGCUGCAUCUUAUGACUUUUUGGAAGAAAAAGUUUUACAUCUUGAAAAAGAACGACAAAUGAGUGACUCACAAUGCAAAAAAGUAGAGAAACAGCUAACUCAACUACGCGAAGUUAAUGAAGUAUUAAAAUCAGAGAAUUUGGUGAUGAAAAGAAGGUCUAUGCUAUUGGAGGAAAUGGAAGAAGAACUAGGGAAGCAAAAUGACAAGAUCAUGCAAAUACAAAGCAAUGAUGAUCAAAAGUAUGUAAAAGAUCUUCAGGAAAAGGUAGAAGUAUCGUCGAAAGAAUUGGAGAUUUAUAGAAGCGAGAUUCAGCGACUGAACACGACCGUGAUGUCACAACUUGAAGAUCUUGAGGAAAUGGAACGCAUUGGGCAACAUAAAAAGACAUUGGAAAGAAGAUGCAAGGCUUUGGAGGAACAAUUGGUCGAACUAGAACACGAUGGAAUUGAAAGAGAAAACGACAUUGACGAGAUGGAAGAAGACAUUGCAGAUUUACAGGAGAAACUCGAGAUAUCGCAUAAAAAGCUGCGAACAGUAAUGGAAGAGAAUAAAGCUUUGAAAGAGAAACUUGAGGACUACGAGAGGUCUCGGGAUGAAUAUGGUUAAUGAUGGACAUCAUGACGAAACAGAUAAUGGAAAAGGUUCCAAUAUCGACAAAAUAAAACAUGACAAUGAGAUGAACUGUGAACUAAGAUCUCCACAGGAUACAGAAGACAGUUCAAAUAACUCUCUGCAUAUCAUGUAUGAUGUCCCAGAAUCUCCAGCGACAAUCAACGAUCAGAAAAUAUCAGAAGAAGAUCUGGACGAUCUAAAUCUUUCGAAAGAGGAUACAGAAUUCUCAGCCAAAUAUCACCGAAUAGAGAGAGAGAUUCAAGAACUCUGGAAUAGGGCGAAAGGAGACGAAAAAUAAUGGAGGAUUAGCGAUAAUUCUUUUUAUACCAAUCUAUGAAAUAAAUUUACCUACAAAUAGAAAUAGAAAUAUUUAUACUAUUCCCAGAGAUAAGGAUUUGUUCCAUGUUGUCGCAACGGGCCAACAUAACGUAAUUAAACAAUUAAAAAAAUUCAGUUUUAGUAAUAUUUACACGUGAAUAACAGCUUUGUUGAUAUUCCAUUCUUGAUUAUGAUCAUAGGGUCAUAGCUAGUACAAAAUUUUGUAUUAGAUUGACCAUAGAAAUGUUUCGUUAAAUUGAAUUUAUUAAUAAAUACUCGGUGCUUUUUACUGUAGAUUUAAAUAUGACAAAGUGAACAACUUUUUAAUGAUUUCCGUAUUAUUUUUUUCAAGAAGAGAUUUUUAAUGCAUGCAAAGUUAUGCCAUGUUUGUAAAUACUUAGUAUUCAAGUCCAAAUCACUUUUUCAUUUAA